AUGGCUCACCACGAAUUUCUUCCCUUAUGUGACGUUCUAUUUAACAUAAUAUCUUUAGCGUCCUAUUUCUGUGAUGUUGUGUUUGAUGUUGUUAUGGGUUAUGCUUUGUUUGAACGUGGUCGACACGUAUGGUUUGCUGUUUCAUUGACUUUUGUUGCUACGUCUCUUGUGAUUAGUCAAGUCAUAUCUUUAAAAUGGUAUAUAUGUGCGUGUGAAUCCCGGAGAAAAGUGAAAGAAAAGUCUAAGAAUGAAGAUGCUGCGACGGCACCGACGUCAAAUAACCGAGAACGUUGCUUUCAAUGGCUUGUGGGUCUGUUACAUGUCAUCCAGUGCGGAGUUUUGUGGCGAUAUUUUAAAUUAUUCAUACCAGUUGAUCUUCGUUAUGUGAAGCACGAAGUGAGAGACUUGUGUAUGCUAAGAUUAUUUCAUGCUUUUUGUGAGGCAGCUCCAAUGUUACUAGUCCAGCUUUAUCUUUUGUGGCAAGAGACUUCACCGAAGAAUUUUAGUGACUUAAAUAUAGUGUCUACAGUGUUGUCUCUUUUUAGUGUUUGUUGGGCUUUGGCCUCGUUUAGCAAAAAUGUUAGACUUCAAAAUGUGCAUCGAUUAGUUUUAACAUGGCUAGGCGUGAUAUUUCAAUUUAUGUGGCGUUUAGGAACAGUCUCAUCACGUGUAACAGCAUUGACUGUGUAUGCUACAUUGUAUGGACACUGGGUGUUUCUGGUGAUAGGGCUGCACUGGAUAUCAAUGUUUCUGUGGCUCAUUUCCCCAAAGAACGUCUUUCAUGGUGAAAGGAUAUCAAGACGGAGGAAGGCUGCCUUCUCAGCUCUCAUAGCAUUUGUAUAUGUUUUCUCAUAUAUAAAUUUGCAGGAAGUUAAUCCUCGGCAGAAAAUGGCAACAUUUUAUGUAGUCAUGUUUCUGGAAAAUGCCCUGUUGGUUACUGCCUGGCUUGUUGGCGUGUGGAGUGAAGCACCCUGGUAUCGAAACACUGUGCCGAUAGUGGUGUUUGUUUCAUUUGCAACUGGAAUUUGCUUCAUGAUUCUCUACUACCGGUAUUUUCAUGUCAGAAGGUUACGUUAUGAAGCAGGUGGAAGACCAAAUACUUAUAACAACAAUUGUGAUUCCACACAGAGAUUAGCUAAUGUAAAUAAUGUAAACUGUGGUGAAGUGGUGGCCCAUGGCAAAGAUGAACAAACUGCAGUGGCAAAAGAAGUGCACUGUAGUGGGAAGGCAGUCAAUAAUUGCCAGCAGCGGUGCACCAAUGGUUACCUGCCGUACCAGCAUGGAGGCAUACCUGGCGUGUUCAACUGUCGCUUCAACAAUCCAGUUACUUCAACAGCUGCAACUAAAAGGAAAAAGAAGAAGCCAACAUCAUUUGUCCCUCCUCCUGCUGUUACUGCACUACCUUCUGUUGGUGUACCGAGUCUGUCCAUUCAACAACAACAAAACUGUUUGCAAGAACCCUACAGCAGCAAUAUGUCACUACAGCUACAGAACUCUGUUCCAUUUUGGAGGAGGCCUUUGCCAAACAACCAACACAAUCAUCAGGGUGGCUCAAGUGAAAAUGAAGCAAGCAGUGUUGGCUCGAGGGUGAACAUACAGCAGAAACUGCAGGAAAAGAAGCAGAAGCAGUUAGCAGAGCUUCGGAUAAUUGAGGAAGAAAUAAAGCAGGGUAAAAUACAGAGACCAGGUUCAGGUGCACCGUCAGGUGUCGGCGAUGACUUUGGCUCACUGCCUCGGCAGCCGAUACCGAGAGCUAAGCGACACAACCAGGGUGGUUGGCCACCACCGACACCUCCGAGUUCCAGAGCUCUGCCACCGCCAUACUCUUACCAUUUACUCCCACCCCCACGUGCAAAGCAUCGUUCCAAAACACCUGAGAUUCUCCUGGCGCCUCAUUACCUCGAGGGCAACAGCAUCUACUGCAGCUGGGAGCACGAACGAGGCCCUGUAUAUCGGUUGUCAGAUGAUGACCACAUGGACAGGGAGUGCAGCAGCGACCACGGAUCGAGCUACUCGGAGGCGGCGGCCCGGGGAGCGAAGGAUGCCGGCUGCGACAGUGGGAGUGCAGGUGCCCAGCAGGCCAUGCUCAUGUACAAGUCAUACCGCAUCCCGUCCGACAUGGACUCGCAGAUCUCGUUACCCCGCUCGUACACACUGCCCCGCGAGUUCAAAUACUACCGUCGGCCCAAAUCUCGCAAGGCCGUACGCUCAGAGCACUUUGUCGCGUCCACAAAUUCUAGCGACGGGGAUGUUGAUUCAGGAGAUGAAACUCCACAUCACAACCACGAACCGCCUCAGCACCAUUCGAGACCUGUGAGGAUGCGACCGUAUCGGGGUUAUGUAAGAAGAGAUCUGCAUGAAACAAAACUGUGAUUAGUAUUUUUUUAUGUUACUACACUGUAAAUUGUAUUAAUCCUUAUUUAUUUUGUUACUAGCUAACAGUAUGCUUCUCAUUACAUGCUGUGUUACCUGUUAGCAAAUCUCAUAGUUAUUACUCAGUCUAAAUCAGAAGCUCCACUUUCUUACAAUUUAAACAGAGGAUAUUACAGUCAUUAUGCAAUAACUGUGUAGGAAGUUUAUGCAGAAAAAUUGGAAGAAGUAACAAUAGAAUCUGUUAUGCCCACUGUUGAAAAAAAGUUAGUUAUUAGUCUUUUAGACAAAAUCACAGAAUAUUUUUUAUUCUGUGACCGUGUCUGAAAGAAAUAAAAAGUAGUACAUAAUGCAUGUCAAUCAUUUUCUCCAUAGACAGAUUGUAAUUUUUCCCAGAGUUAUUAAUCCUUUUCUUACAACCAUGAAAAUAUUCCAUUGUUGAAAUAAUACUGAGCGGAAAGUAAACAACAUUAUGAGGAAAGAGAAGAACUCCCUCUGUAGAAUCAUCAGAUAGGCAUAGGAACAAUGUCUCGAACUUGUGUACUUUGUCAGGGUACCCACACACAGCCUACAUGUGUGCGGCUAUUGCCAUAGUGUGGUGAGUAGUUGUCUUUCCUUGUACAGUUCAAAUAUCCCACUGAAUUGGAAUCAGAUGAGGGUAUUAGAAUUAUAUGAUGUUGCAGAAGAAUUUUAGUUUUGCAUUUAUUAUGGUACAUAAGGAAAUAUCUCAUCUCUA